ACACGCAGUUUUUCUUCAGAUAUAGAAAACCCAAACGCUGGAUAGGAGGGCCAAAAUUAGGAUCGACAGUAGGAGUAGGAUUUAGGGGGAAAGUAGAGGGGGACACUGCAGAUCGAAGAAAGCACAGCCGCCGCCGCGAUGAGCGCAACGGAGAAGAGCACGGAGGGGGAGGGGGAGGGGGAGGGGUCCCAGCGCGUGGAGGCGUUCCUCGACAUCCUCGGCCGCGUCCCGAUGGGGGAGGUGGAGGGGGCGCUGACCUCCUGCGGCGUCGGCCCGACGGCGGAGGCCGCGGAGCAGGUGCUCAAGUCCGAAACCUGCUACUCCCGCCCCAAAUCGGCCGUCCGCUUCUUCCGCUGGGCGAAGGCGUCCGUGCAGCUCACCCCCUUGGCCUGGAACCUCCUCGUCGACAUCCUCGGUAAGGCCGCCAUGUUCGAUCCCAUGUGGGACGCCGUCCUCUCCAUGAGCCAGGAGGGCGGCCUCCUCUCCGUCGCCACAUUCGCCUCCAUGUUCGCCUCCUACUGCGCGCGCGGCAACUUCAAGGAAGCCGCCAUGGCCUUCGACGUCAUGGAGCGCCACGGCGUGACGCCGGACGCCGUUGCCCUCAACUCCCUCCUCGCCGCCAUGUGCCGCCGGGAUGGCGGCGGGCAGGCCGCGUGGGAGCUUUUCGAACGCUACAAGACCACGGUCGCGCCCGACGCCGACACCUUCGCGAUACUGCUCGAGGCGUGGGAGAAGGAGGGGAACGUCCAGCGCGCCAAGAGCACCUUCGGCGAGAUGGUCGUCCGCGUCGGGUGGGACGCCAGCAACAUGCCUGCCUACGAUGCUUUCCUCUCCACGCUCGUGCGAGGGGACCAGUUCAACGAGGCACUCAAGUUCCUCCAGGUGAUGCGGACCAAGGGCUGCCUCCCGGGGCUCAAGUUCUUUGCCAACGCGAUCGACCUUGUCGUCCGCAAGGGAGACCAUGCCAAUGCUAUUGCUAUCUGGCAAAUUAUGGUCUCGGAUGCAGGACUGGUUCCCAAUCUCCCAAUGUACAACGCCGUAAUUGGCCUCUGCUCUAGUGUCGGUAACACCGACUACGCCUUCCAGAUGCUCGAUGAAAUGCCCUUAAAUGGGGUCUUUGCAGAUUCUGAUACAUAUAAUUCCAUACUUGAGGGGCUCAUCAAGCAGCGCAAGGCUCGUGAGACUGAAGGUUUCCUCGCGGAGAUGAGCAAGAACGAGCAGCUGCCCUCCGCCUCCAACUGUGCUGCUGCUAUCAGCUUAUUUUGUCAGGAGUUUAACCCAUCUGCCGCAGUUGACGUUUGGCACUGCAUCGUGGAGCACCAAAUUACUCAGGCUGAGGAAUCAGCCAAAGAGUUAAUAGCUGGGCUUCUCGACUUUAGCAGGUUCGCCGAGGUGAAGAAAUAUACCGAUCAGAUGCUUGACAUGGGAAUUGAGUUGCCCCAGUCCACCAUUGAAAAAAUGAAGCGAGCAUUUUACAAGGCUGAGAGGCACCACACAUAUGACCAACUUGCACGAAGGUUGAAGCGGCGGUAACAACACAUUGAUGGUAUAAUUCAUUAGGCGUGACUAUGCAAAACUGGAAAGUGCCGCUAAUCGGAAAUUGACCCGCCAGAGAAGAAGCGGGUGGGUGAGCGCCAAACAGCAGCUCCUUGCUUAAAGAUCUUGGUUCUGAACUUAUAAUAAAUCUGAGUAGAACGUUGUGCGACUCCUUGAUGGCAGGACCUUGUGGGGCGAUCGAUUCAAAGUACCUUUUAGGAUUGUAUCCAUAGGAUUUUUUUUCUUUCUUAUUAUGAAGGCUGUUUGAUUUGUAGGACCAUAAUCCCUUUAAUUUUUUCCUAGGGCAUUUCCUACUGUCUGAUGCUUCUGAGAAAAGUUAUUGUCGUUUUCCUAUGGUGCACUCAAGCAUUCAUUUCAUUGCUAGAAAUUCUUAUGGUUGUCAAACCUACUGGAUACAGGAAGUCAUGGCAUUGUAACUCCCAUAUUUUUCCUAUUCCUGUGUUUUUUCAUGGUGCAUUUUGAAUCCUGCUAAUCAUAGGGGCCUAAUGUAUAUAUUCCCAUAUUUUGUUCUUCCACGAGGCCAAUGAUAGCAGGAAUGCGGCCUUCCCUUGGUAGCACUAGAAGUGUAGGGUAUGGUAGCUUCGACAAGCUAAAAAAACACACAACAGCGGCAACCUUAUAUUGAGGGGAAUCGUUAAGAGGUAUAUAGAGGAGUAUGCGGGAUCGGCAGUGGCACGUUAUCCGCUUGAUCCGUCAAAGUCGAGGUUUGUUGUUGGUUUGGGGUAUGGGCUCAUUUUUUUUCUUUGAUAUAUGUGGUGGACUAGGCAGUACGCAAUUGUACAUGGGAAAGUAGCCGUUGUUUUUUUGGCACUGAGGUAAAAAACCUAGCCUCCUACACUGGCAAGAGUAUAUUCUUAAGACUAGCUUCACUAAAUUCUCUCCUUGCUGAUUAUGCCAUAUAUGGCUUGGCCAUUGUUUUUAAGGCGGUAAGGCGACCUAAGGCGAGCACCACCCGCUCUAGCGCCUAGGCGACGCCUAAGCGCCUAUGGCGGACGCCUAAGCGCCUAAGGCGGGCAUAUUUGUAAGGCGCUGCCCGGGCGCCUAAGCGUCCAAGGCAGGACGCCUUAAAAACAAUGGGCUUGGCGCUAAUAAACAAGUAGGAAGAGUAAAUUGCACAGUAGGUUUGCAAACUUGCCUUGUUGGAUCAGUUUAGUUAAUAAUUUGCAAAAUGUGAGUUCAACAGCUUAAACAUGGCAAAGUGUUUGAACCACCAAUCUAAAUGAGGCAAAGUGCGCCCCCCCCCCCCCCCCCCCCGCUUUCUUCUUUUUUGUUUCGCCAAGUAUGCCCCUACCUCUUUGUCCCAUUUGACUGCAUUGUGCUCUCUCAGCUGUUGCUUGGGUCGUAGACACCGCCAGCCACUAGCAUCUGUCUCAGCCAAGGUGAGAGAGUGGGAAAGAGAUAUGUUGAAUGAGGGAGAGAGAACGGCUGAGAAAUAGCGGAAGAGGUGAUGUUUUUAUUUUGGACAAAUCCCAGGUUAGCUAGUUUUUUUGUCUUACGUGGCUUGCUUGUUGGUGGAAUUGGUCCAAAGAUGCACCACUGUCAAUUUUAGCAUGCCCACUUCUUUAGAAUGUCUGUUAUUAAGUUCAGGUUUGUGUAUUUAUGUGACUCUGUUGUUUAGCUGAUUUUUUUAAUGUUUAACCUGGACAACAUAAGUUGGACACCUCUUGUGGUGCUUUCAAGCAAUCAACUUCUGAUUUAAGCACCAAAUGGUCCAAAAUCAAUAUGUUUUACUUUUAUGAUGGUGUAGUUUUACAUGAAAAAAAAACUAAUCUGAAGAUACAUGAAAGAUUAGUUGUACUUGCGUGAAUAGUAGCAUUUGUCCUCUUUUCUUCUGACUUUUUAGUUAUCGUUUGUCAUAUUUCUCAGUUUAAUUACUCUUGAGGUAUGAAUUUAAGAGUGGAAUUUCAU